GUUUAUAUAUCAGUGUGGUAAAGCGGUAGAUAUAUAGAGGAAGGUGACUAAAAGUGCCACUAGUUUAUUCAUUCAUUCAUUUAGCUAGCGAGCUAAUUAGCCAGCUGCUCCUUAAUUAGCGGCUGUAAUUAGUUAUAAUAAGAAGAUCAUUAUUUGAUCUCUCUGACACUUUCGGAUAGGAUUUAAGCUUUUUGUGUGCUGUUUUCUCCUUGCAGUUUUAUCCCUCCAUCCUGUCCUUUCUCUCUUUUUCCCCCUUGUUAUCAAUCAUUAUGCAGGAUCUGAUGUUCAUCUCUCUGAUAUCCUGAAGACUCGAAAUGGCGAGCAUCACCGAUAAAGAAGAAGCUCGGGCUGAGUUGGACUCGGUCGAAGCCGAGUUGGAGUUUCUGGAGCUGCAGAUCUCUGAGCUCCUGGAGAAGCAGGCCUCUCUAACCUCAAGGAAAAACAAACUUCUGAAGAUUCUGGAUGGCUCGCACGACUCUGCUCAGCCCUCAGGAUCUGCGAAGCCAUCCAAACCCGGCUUCAGCAAAAAAGACUUGCAGCACUAUGAGGACUCAGAUUUCUCAUGGUCAAAAGAUGUCGAGGCGAAACUGGCGACUGUGUUCAAACUCUCCAAGUUCCGACCUCUUCAGCGAGCCGCGAUCAACCUCAGCAUGUCAGGGAGAGAUCUGUUUUUGGUGAUGCCUACCGGCCGCGGCAAGAGUUUGUGCUACCAGCUACCGGCUGUCUGUUCUAACGGUUUUACGCUGGUCAUCUCUCCGUUGGUGUCUCUGAUGGAGGAUCAGCUCAUGUAUCUGAAGUCCAUCAACGUUCCUGCUGUAACACUUAAUGCUUCUAGUUCAAAGGAGGAUUCGAAAUAUGUCAUGGCGGGCAUGAUUGAUAAAAACAGCCCCUUCAAACUGCUCUACGUGACUCCGGAGAAAAUCUCUAAGAGCAAACUGCUGAUGUCUAAGCUGGAGAAAGCUUAUAACAUGGGUCUGCUGGAGCGCAUCGCUGUAGACGAAGUUCACUGCUGCAGUCAGUGGGGUCAUGACUUCAGACCAGAUUACAAGCUCCUGGGCAUUCUCAAACGUCAGUUCCCUAAAGUCCCACUGAUCGGACUGACUGCCACUGCAACCAGCAGCGUUCUGAAAGACUGCCAGAAGAUCCUGUGUGUUCAGGAUCCAGUCACACUUACAGCACCAUUUAACAGGCCUAAUCUCUAUUAUGAGGUUCAAUUUAAAGACAGCGAAGACUCGACUAAAGGAAUCGCAGCACUGAUUAAAGGAAAAUACAAGGACCAGUCAGGAAUCGUCUACGUUUUCUCACAGAAGGAUGCAGAGAUGGUGUCUAAAGAGCUGCAGCAGAGGGGCAUCCUGGCCCAGCCGUACCACGCCAGCAUGGAGCCUUCAGAUAAAACCCUGGUGCAUCAUCAGUGGUCUAGCAAAAAGAUUCAGGUGGUUGUUGCCACGGUGGCCUUUGGAAUGGGCAUCGACAAAGCAGAUGUGCGGUUUGUCAUCCACCAUACCAUCAGCAAGUCCAUAGAGAACUACUAUCAGGAGAGCGGGCGUGCAGGGAGAGAUGACGAUCCAGCAGACUGCAUCGUGUUCUACGGGUUUCAGGAUAUUUUCAGGAUCAGCACCAUGGUUGUGAUGGAGAACACCGGGCAGCAGAAGCUUCAGAAUAUGGUGGCUUAUUGUCAGAACGUCGACAGGUGUCGGCGCGCCGUGAUGGCGGUUCAUUUCGAUGAAGUUUGGGACGAUGAAGAGUGUAACCAAGCGUGCGAUGUCUGUCGCCAUGGCAAUGACUACAUCACCAUGGACAUCACCAAGCACGCACGUGAGGUGGUGGACAUUGUAGAGCUGGCUGCAUCUCUGGACGAGAAGUUGACCCCUCUGAAGGUGUGUGAUACCUGGAUGGGCAAAGGCAGCGCCAAGAUCCGUAAAAUGUCCAAGGUCACGACCCUGUCACGCCCGGAGGUGGAGUCCAUCAUUGUUCAUCUCUUACUACACGGCUACUUCAGUGAAGACUUCAGCUUCACACCAUACACAACCUACUUUUACCUGAAAGCAGGACGUAAAGCCGGCUUACUGAAGAACGAAAACCACUCCGUAACCAUGAAGAUGAGGAGGAAAGUAUCUCCGCCCGGCGCAAGUGUCAUCAAGAUCGAGAGUCAGUUUGUCCCUGACAUUUGGACAUUUGGCUCUGGUGUGGAGCUCAUAAAGACCGAGUGCUGUAAAAAGUGCAGAAUAAAGAGGAGGUGGAGAAAGCUCAGACACGCCAGUGAGGCCGUGCAACAGGCCGCGAGCACCGUGAAAAAGAAGAGAAGUAAAAGACGACGCCGAAGGUUCGCACAGAGACAGUACGUUCAGAGCACUGUGUGCAGCUCGCAGGAUGUUAAGCCUGUGUUUAAACGCAGAAGCUACAGAGUCAAGCAGAUUGACCAAUCAGUCGCUGAGCUUCAAGAAGAAACUCACGGAAGCUCGAAGGACAUCAUUACCGAUCAAAGUGCAAAUGGAAACGUAAUCAAACCAAACACCGACCAACCGAACCCGGAGAGGAGACUCUCCCAAAAUCAGGAGGACUCCAGCUCAUUACAAGCACCUGAAAGCAUCCAGCCGCGUGUAAUCGAGGUGAACGUAGAAGUGAACGUUCAGGAUCAGAAAGCCGUCGCGGGAAACGGCGCCCAAGCUCUUCACAAAACGACUCGACAGCUGGUGCCGUCUAAACGAAGACGACGGCGGUUCUCACCUCCGCCUUCGGAAUCCAUCCUGGCCAGCUGUCCGUCAGAGACUUCUAUCAUUUCUGCAGCAGCCGUCGAAGAGCUGUGCGACCUCCGCAGCUACUACAGCAAACAGCUGAGGAGGAUAAACUACACGUCCCACGAGCAGCUGCAGGAGUCGCCUUCAGGAAUGCUGACGUGCAUAAGAGAGCCGCUGAGAGGCCUCCGUCUCCCCUCCAGUACCACCAUAGCCAAAAGCGCUAGAAAUUUAUGGACACGUGUUAGCAUGAGAAGGAAACUUAUCCAGAGGUGACGUUUAAAUCCAUGACGUGUAAAAUGAUACAAGUUCCCUAGAGUUACAUUUUUUUGGAAAACUCCUCUGCUUCAGUGUUGCACUCCCCACUUAAUGAAAAAGACACAGAUCAGUGUUUUGGUUUAUAAAUGAAGUAGAUUGUUUUUGUUUGUGUUUAUUUAUGUUGGUGUUAAAAAAAUAUCUAAAAUGGAUUUAAAAGUAUUAGCAUUCCCUAGUAUAGGCUAGUUUUUACCACAGUGCUGCUCGACUCUGGCUCCUGAUUGGUCAGAUUAUGUCAAUAGAUCUUCUGUAUCUUGCAGUAGAAUAGUUAUGACAUUCACAGGAACUUGUAAGGUGGUCUUUUUUUUUUUGUGCAGAUUUUUUAACGUUAUCCUUUGUUAUAAUGGCACAACCAAUUACGAUGUUUGUACUUUGAUCAGAAAUAAAGUUUCAGAGCUUAUAGUU